AUGACCUCCGACACAACCCCGUCCUUUCUCCGGGUGUCCGGUACAAACAUCGUCGACUCCUCUGGCCAACCCGUCAUCCUCAAAGGGGCGGCGAUUGGGGGCUUCCUGAAUAUGGAGAACUUCAUUACGGGGUAUGCAGGCCACGAGCACGAGCACCGCGAAGCCAUGGCAUCAGUCCUGGGGAAGGACAAAGCGCAAUACUUCUUCGACCGACUCCUGCACCACUUCUUCACCGACAAGGACGCAGAAUUCUUCGCCUCCUUGGGUCUCAACUGCAUCCGCGUCCCCUUCAAUUACAGACACUUCAUCGACGACCAGGAGAACCCGCCCGUCGUCAAGCAGUCAGGCUUCGACCUGCUGGACCGCGUCGUGUCCAUCUGCCGCAAACACGGGCUCUACGUCAUCCUGGACCUGCACACCGCGCCCGGCGGCCAGAACCAAGACUGGCACAGCGACAGCGGUGUCGCGCGCGCCGUCUUCUGGGACUUCAAAGUCCUGCAGGACCAGGCCAUCAACCUCUGGGUCGCGAUCGCGGCACACUACGCCGACGACCCCAUCAUCGCCGGAUACAAUCCGCUCAACGAGCCCGCCGAUCCGGCACACACGCGCCUGCUAGACUGGUACGGCCGCGUGCAUGCCGCCAUCCGCGCCGUCGAUCCCAACCACAUCCUCUUCCUGGACGGGAACACCUACGCGAUGGACUUCUCGCACUUUGACCGCAUCCUCCCCAACGCCGUGUACUCGUGCCACGACUACGCGACCAUGGGCUUCCCCGGACAGCCGCUGUACACCGGCACCGCGGAGCAAAAGGCCAAGCUCCGCGCCCAGUUCCAGCGCAAAGUGCAGUUCAUGCGCGACUGGAACGUGCCCAUCUGGAACGGCGAGUUCGGCCCCGUCUAUCCCGAUCCGCGGGGCGCGGAUGCGCACGAGGUCCUGCAGUCCCGCGUGGAGCUGCUGCGCGAGCAGCUGCGGGUCUAUGCUGAGGCGAACGUCAGCUGGAGUAUCUGGCUGUUCAAGGAUAUCGGGUAUCAGGGCAUGGUGUACGUGCACCCGGACACGCCGUAUAUGAAGCUGAUUGCCGGGUUCGUGGAGAAGAAGCAGCGUCUGGGGGUGGACUUCUGGGGAUGCACCGAUAAGACCGGGGUGAGCCAUGUGUAUGAGCCGUUUGUUGCGGAGCUGAAGAAGAUGAUUCCUGCGCAUCUUCUGAAGAGGAAGUAUCCUCCGGUGUGGACUUUUGAUCGCCAGGUGGAACGCGUGGUCCGAGAGUGUCUGGUCAGCGAGUAUUUGACCUGGGAGUUUGCGGAGCUGUUCGAGGGGAAGACGUACGAUGAGCUGGAGGAUUUGGCUACGUCAUUUGCUUUUGAGAACUGUGUGAAAAGGGACGAGCUGAACCGGGUCCUGACUGAAGAUGCGUAUAAAACCAAGGUGUGA